CAAAGAAACAACUGGCGCAAGUCAGCAAAAAAAAAAAAAAACCGCUCGAUAUUGUAAUAAGCACCAAACAUUCUACGGAGAAGCAAAGAGCCUGAUAAAAACGGUUACGAAAAAUCGCAGCUUUCAGGUUCGAUCAGUCACGUAUUUCCUUUUCCAGAUCUUAAUUUUUGUUUGGUUUCCGAGAAAACAGAGGAAAGAGGGAAGGAAAAAACAAGCAACGAUCGGUUUUGAUUUGAAUCUUGAUUUUCGACUUCGUUUCCUUUAGCUGGUGGUGACAGGGACUAUGAAAGCCAAUGAGAAGCAGAGUUGGGCGAUCUCGCCGUCCUAUGCUGCUUACCACUUCGGUACCAGUGGAAUUUCUGUGGCGGUUGCGACAGGAAUCACUCAUCCUCUAGAUGUACUCAAAGUUAGGCUGCAAAUGCAACUUGUCGGUCAGAGGGGUCCUUUAACUGGAAUGGGGCAAUUGUUUGUCCAAGUAUUAAAAAGUGAAGGGCCUAGAUCUUUGUAUCUAGGAUUGACACCUGCAUUGACAAGAUCGGUUCUUUAUGGGGGUCUUCGCUUAGGCUUGUAUGAACCCUCAAAGUAUGCUUGUGAUUGGGCUUUUGGAUCCACCAAUAUUUUUGUUAAGAUUGCUUCUGGCUUAUUUGGUGGUGCCAUUGCAACUGCACUGACCAAUCCAGUUGAGGUUUUGAAGGUUCGUUUACAGAUGAAUCCGAACCUAAGAAAAGGAGGACCAACAAAAGAAUUACGCAGAAUUGUUUCUCAAGAAGGGGUUAUAGCUCUUUGGAAGGGCGUUGGCCCUGCUAUGGCCAGAGCUGCUGCUUUGACUGCAUCACAACUGGCAACUUAUGAUGAAACCAAGCGGACUUUGAUUAGGUGGACAUCACUUGAAGAAGGAUUUCGCCUGCAUCUCAUCUCAAGUAUGGUUGCCGGCGGUCUCAGCACCCUCAUAACUGCCCCUAUGGACAUGGUUAAAACCCGUCUCAUGUUGCAACGAGAAUGUAAAAGGGUUGGAACCUAUAGGAAUGGAUUUCAUUGUGCAUAUCAGGUUGUGCGUACUGAAGGACCCAAGGCCCUUUAUAAGGGGGGCUUCACAAUUUUCGCAAGAUUAGGUCCACAAACUACAAUUACAUUUAUACUUUGCGAGAAGCUACGGGAGCUUGCUGGAUUAAAAGCAAUCUAGCAAAUUUGCCAUGCUUCUAUUCUGACAAGACUCAAGAGUAGGAUCAUAGUUAACCUUUUGGAGUGAUAGUGAUUUAUUCGCGAUUAGUAAAAAUAUCUACUACGACUACAGUUGAAUGAACGAAGAACUGUGCAUGUUCCAAAAUUUGGGGACAUUUUUUUAAAAACUUUCUAUGGUAGGGUGUCCUUGCUGGUAGUACAUGUUUAUGAACGUUAGAUCUGGUCAAAAUAAAAAAUAUGAAAAACUGGAUAGAAUUUGAUACAAAUCUACACUCAAAGACAGUGUUAUACUGGUAAGAUGUUUUUUCAUACCCUGCCAUUUUCUUCGAUUUCUUGAGUGAUUUGGCCCCAGCAAUACCAUUGUUUUGGCGUUCCAGUUGGAACGGAUGGCCCUUUCCGUCAGACUUGAGGGUCCAAUUAUUUGUUGAUCUAUUUAUAGUUUUGCACAUCACCCCACAAUUUUAUUAUUUUUUUAUUUUCCCACUCGAGUCUGGCUGUAUCCAAUUGUAAUAUUGAAUUGGCA